CAGCACUAAAGACCAUAAGGCCAUUUCUCUUUCAAUUCAGCAAGAGAACCAGGUUUUGGUAACCCGGGUUCUGAGACAAAGCUGUACUGCUACUGGCCCCCAGAUUUGUCUUUACUCAUCUAGAGCUCUCGCCGGGCUCUACUCGUCCACUCAGGCUUGCUCCAGCUUAGGCCUCAGAUUCCUCAUCACAGUUGAAGAUUCAACAUCCAUAUAACCACCUGCUUUAAUAAGUACCUAGUACUACACUUUCACCAAGCAAUGUCCAAAGAAAGCAAACUCCUUCACCAGGAUCUUCUAAGAUCAGGGGAUGAUGGUAGAGCUCACAUGCCAGAUUUAGAGAAACAGGUUAUUAUCCAAGAGAAGUCUCAAGAUGCAGAACUCUCCUGUUGGGCUAGGACAACACCAAUAGCUGCCUGGCGUUUCAAAGCAUCUGUAGAAGACUGGACAAACUUCUUUUGCGUCGCUCUCAAUACAGGUGCCACGGUCUCGAUUGUUUUCGCGAACAAAGUAAUCUUCAGCGACCCCCAGCUUCGACAUUUCCAGGUCGGCACCGCAGCGUGGCACUUUGCAGCUACUACGCUGGUAUUGAUCAUGGCCUCAAUGAGGCCAUUCAAUGUCUUCAAGCCCAUCAAACUUCCAGUGAAAGAGGUCCUUUCAAUCUCUAUUCUCUUUGUCGGCUUUCUGGUACUUGGAAAUCUGUCCUUGGCAUUAAAUGAUGUGUCAUUUUACCAGCUCGCCAAAAUCAUGACUGCUCCGAUGGUUGUACUGAUCAACUUUGUUCUAUUCAAGAAACACACCUCUUUUCAAUCGUUAUCAGCUGUACUUGUGUCCUGUGUGGGUGUUGCCCUCCCAAAUAUGGCAUUAAUUGGCUCAAAUCCCAUUGGGGCACUGGUUGCUGUGGCCGCCUUCGUUACCACGGCAUUUUACCAGAUUUGGAUUGGCAAGAAGGUCGAAGAACUGAACGUCAGUGCACCUCAACUUCUCUUGAACCAAGCACCAGUCGCAGUGCUUCUUCUUUGUCUGUUGCUCCCCUUCACAGACACGAUACCCGACUUUCGUCAAAUCCAACCAGAAAUUUUGGCAACAUUCUUCAUGUCCGGAAUCCUCGCCGCCGGUUUGAAUCUCAGCCAAUUCUUGAUCAUAGGCCGCACCAGCGCCGUCACCUUCAAUGUUGUCUCCAACGCAAAGAAUGUCAUUAUCAUUGUUCUCGGCUGGUAUACCGCAAACCAUAACCCCUCGUUGAUGGACUUUGCUGGAGUCUUUCUAGCACUAACUGGAGCGGCUGCCUACUCAUGGCUUCGAAGAUGACGUCCCUAAAUGGUGGUUGCAUUCCACAGUUUACAGAGGAUAAAGAAUGGCCGUUCAAUAGCUAUCAUAUAGCUACAUUGGAUACCGAGGACCACGCGUGGUCAAGAGAACUUGAGUAAGAUCUAUGUGUUCAGCAUCGAUGGUGAGUAGAAGGGUAAUCUAAAAAAAACAGAUAGAUCACGUCAAGUAUAAUUUAUCUCCCGAUGGACGAUAUGGACUUCCUGGAGUCGGGUUCUAUGCCGUGGCUUCUUACUCUGUUAUACCAUAAUGUAAUGUUUGUCGGGUGAUAUACUGGGUGUGUUCUAUAGAAUCAAGUGCUGUCACUUACUAGGUACCUGUGGAAGAGGGUUGGAGCCCAUGCGAAACGCCACUUUAUCCACGAGAA